AUGAGUCAGCCUGAUCACGACCGCCUAAUAAAGCAGUUGAUGGAAGUAGUCCGCACAUCGGAAGAUACCGCAAGACAUUAUUUGGAAGCCUACAAUUGGAACAUCGACGUAAGUUCUUUAUCCUCUUCGCACGUACAAUACUGGCUUUGAAUAUUCGACCCCACACGCAAGCUCUCUUUAGAGGCUCUUAUGACUAUUACCAUUAUAUUUAUGAAAUACUCUGUAACACAGAAACUAUCUGGAACUUAACGCGUUUUGGUUCAACGGACUACUUACAUAGUUUGACAUAUGAUGCGAUAUGCUGCAUGAACAUGUCGUCCUGUAUCUCAUUCGCAAAAGAAUAUAUAUUUAUGCAAAUGAGUUAUUAGCUAAUGACGAAGUUGGUUUUAAUAUAAUAACGUUGGAUUAAAUGUUUGGAAGGUGGGACCUCGGUUACCAGAUCACUAACUGGAGCAAACGUUAAUCGAUAGUCCGUUUUGGGUGGUGGCAUCCUGUGUAAAGGGAUUUUCUUUCAAUUGACAAUUGCCAUCUUUCCAAAACAAGAUUUUGAGGAUACGCGAGAAAUAUUAGUCGACGCUUUUACCGACAGGAGUGCAGAUCUGAAGAUUUUUAUGAAGCAAAUCACAGGAUGCCCACCAUUUUGUGAGGAACAAGUCCAUCUUAUCCCCAUAAAGACCCCCAAUUCCAUCGUAUUUUGCAAGCGCAAACCGCUCUCGUGACUUGCUAUAAUGGAGAGCAGCGUAAUGUUUUAUCCGCCUCGCCUAAUUUUAUAUUAGCGAGUUUGUUACAUCACCCCUGGGUUACUGAAGCAGACCCUCUGUUGCGUUAGUUUAAAGUUGCCCGGGUUUCCAUUCGCAAUGCCCGAAUAAGGGGUUCUACGCAUUAGGGUAGCAGGGGCACCUCACGCAGUCUCGAACGAUACUCCGUGCGCCAAUACUUAAGAAAGUUCAGAAUCGCUGUUAGAACAAUUGUUGCAUAAGCCUACUUAACAUGUUUGCAAACGUUAUCGCAACAGUUCUCAAGAAGCUUGAACCGAACAUUUCGUGGGGCCUCUUGCGUAUUUUAAGUACAGACGGGUCCCCAACAGGCGUUCCGAUCGUUUAUUCAAGUUUUCUCUGUCGCUUCGGCCUAAGUACCCAGUCACAAGGGAGUAGUGAUAGGCGAACUUAUUCAAUAGCGGUUCACAGUCACUAGGUCACGGUGCCGUCACCGGGCUUUACAGCAUUUUAUACGGCAGUCCAUAUGCCAAACCAUAGCCCUCCAUGUUGUUAUAGCACUAUCACUGCUGGUUUGCCACUGCUUAUUCGCCAGGCUCUAGAUGAAGCCUUUAUUGUAUUUAACUUUCACUGAUGGGCGUUCACUAUCUGCCGGAUAGCCAGUAGCUAGUGCUUGUACAUACUUGUACUUAGUGCGAUUGUGAUAAUGCCUGAUGUAACCAGUCUCAAUAAUGUCACUUACCGUUCCUCGCCAUAUGUGAAGAUGCGCGGCAACGAAUCUGGACGACUCGAUCCAUUCUCUUCUCCGUCGAAGAAGACGGAAUACCGAAGGUUCAAGAACCACGUCCAUGUUUUGACAAGCCAUUUCUAGCCAGGUUUUGAGUUGGCAUCCUCUUCAACGUCUCCAGGAGGGUAUCGGUGCCGCAUCGGAGGCAGUAUAACUGAGCUCGUGGGGCGGACGACGGCGAAUGUUCCCAAACCACAGCCGUCUUUUUAAAUGGCGUGGAAUAUCCUGAUAUUGUCGCAACGAGUGCUGACUGUCUCAUUUGAGAAGAAGUCGGCAAACCCCAUUAGAAGGGUGAUCCUCAAUCAGCGGUGUCUAGAUACUUCCAGUUUUAGCCCAUUUUCUACGCUCAUCGUCGAGCAUUUACAACCGUUGCGGUGGACGGACCGGACUAAUGCACAGUACCUGCGCAGCUUCGUGGUGGUGGAGAUAUCGCGUCGGUUCCACGUGCAUUUUCUAAGGAUUGAAAAAUGCAUGCGAGCAGCACCGACUCGGGGGACAAUGUCGUCCUUACUCCUGGUCACUGGACAGCAAUCUCGCCCCGAGUUAGUUGGACUGUCUAAUUCUCCAAAUUGACAGCUACUUAUUCCAAAGGGUGCUUUCUUCUGGUCAGAGACGCAGCGCAAAAAUAAUUUGGUCUUUCUAACACCUAUGGAUAAACAAAUUGAAGUAUCGACUCCAUUCGCUCAUGACACCAUGACUGUAGAUAACCAAAGCUUGAGACCUUCAAUGCGAUAUCGUCAGCGUCUAGAUCAGUUAGCCCGCGCCCAGGUGUGGACGUUACACCUACAAAACCGUGUAGGGCCCAUCCGGCAAUCCAGUCAAUGGCUUAGAUGGGCAGAAUAGGUGACAGGAUGCAACCUUAUUGAGAAUCAGAUAGGAUUUUGAACGGUUAGGAAAGUUCGUUAUGGACGAGCACUCGAGCAAUGCUAAUUCUCGGUCAUGGCCAUGAUUUUGGCCCAAAAAAUCGUCAAUUUCCGCUAUUCGCCACAGGGACUCGUGGUGAGCGGAUUCAUGCGCAGCGGUGAAGUCAUUAAAGCAGACGGCCAUCGGUCAUUGGUAGUUAUGGCGAAAUUCUAGAAUGCAUCUCAGUAUGAACAUCUGAUUCCCACAUCCACGCCCUGCGCGGGAUCUGGCCUGGUUGAACUUUGUCCAAAAGUCGCGCACAGAGGAGAAUCGUCAGGGAUGGACAACAGUGAAGAAUUUCGCAGCGAUGUUGAUAAGGCUUAUGUCGCGGCAGUUUUCUCACUGCCUCAUCUACCUUCUUAAAGAAAGACACAAGGAUUCCCGAGCCCCUGUCAUUAGGAACUACCUCAUCUCUCCACGCUUGUUUAAUCGCCUCAUGGGGCCAGGGCGCCAGUGUUCGUGCAAGGCUUGCAGAAUUCAACGAGGAUACCGUCCUCUUCGGGUGCCGUAUUGUUGCGCAGUCUCUGUAUUUAUCGGCUUCUAUCAAAAGAUAUCGGACGACACAGCAAAAGCUGGAUAAUGACGAAAAACCGCCGGAGAAGAAAGCGAGCGUGUGAUGAGUUGCUCAUCAAAGUUGAGGCGCUCGAAGUGCUAGCGCCGGCAGUCGACAGCCGAAUUGUCAGCAGUAAAGUUUCCAUUCACAUCGCGAACAGAUCAACUAAGUGUCUAGGGCUUCUCACCAACUUGACAGAUAAUUUUGCCAAGGGUUAACUCGCUUUCUUGUCCGCAACAAACGAUUGUACAGUCACUCACGAACAGGAGCGAUAAACUGCCCUCUGCUUACCCAUCGAUGGAGAUUGCCUGACGAUUUUAUGUGCUGACACGACCGGAAUAUUUCACGAUUUGAUUUAGUUUUUAUCGGACACUGGCCAGCCGGUGAUAUGAGUGUUUAUCUACCUAGGCUGUCACCAUUCGCAUAAGACUGAUAAAGUGACAUUUGGACCCAAAAAUUUGACGAAUUCAGGCUAAAUGCGGACGUAUUUUCAUGCAUUUGCAAAAACUUUUUCCCUUAUAAUAUCUCGUCAGUUAGAUCAUACUGUUGCUGUGUAAGGUCACUGUAAUUCAAAGAGACCGUUUCACUUAUGAGUCUUUAUUUUUAUACGAGGACGGACAUGACAGGAAAAUAGCCAAUUCGUACGUUCAAUAUAGUGUUUGUUUGGGAAGCUCCCACGAAGCCAUUUUGAAAUACGUUUACUUUCCAUCCCGAUAAGGGCGAUCAGUUUGUCGAGAACAUUUCUAAUGUCGUUGGUACUUUGAUUUGACCUGAUUUCUCACAUACCAACGGGAAACAACUGACUUUGCAUUUUGUGACCCAGGUUGAGUCAAAAUGCCACACAUAUUGGAUUUCGUGUGUAGGAGCGCCUCAAUUACUGUCAAAGGUCUACUUGACUCCGGCUAAAAUAUUCUGGAUUUUCCGUGUCCUUGAAUGCUAAAGACGACAUUUGUUAAUUUUUGAGUCAUUCUGGUGUCUUCAGAUGCAGUGCUUUCCCAUUAUUGUCAUUCAGUUCUGAUACUUAUCUACAAGUAUGACUAGGUUGCUUUUGACAAGAUCCACCAUCCGCCAACAGCAUGUUUGGCGGGCUGUCUUCGACGGAUUAAUGCACAUAUUUUGUCUCCUUUUCUUCCUGGAAAGUUGAGUUCCGAAUGAAUUAUGAGGCAGUAUCUGGUGUGCACAAUUUGUUCUACUAGGCCCUUGGUGAAGGUCCCUAAGGAAGCACCCAAAAAUCGCUGGCUACCAAGUCUGCGAGCGUCUAGACGUAGUAAAUAAGUUAAGGGUUUGUAGUUCCAACACCGAGUUGAGCAGGUGUCGGCUGAGUAAUCGUUUGCCGGUUUCAGCAAUAGAACCCGCCAUCACUCCAGAUAGAGCGCAGUCUUAACCUGCACAAAUUUUUUUUUAUCGUAAGGUGGACAUGCGUCGCAUCUAUCUCAUUCCCAUUAGCACCCGCCAGACUGGCAGCAAGUCAAAGUCGAAGUGAUAGGAUGUGUGACGUAGGCGCACUGAUUUAUAAGGCCAAGUAAUUUGAUUACGAGCCCAUAUAUAAUCUGGUCUUUAACCUCGCACUUGCUGACCUUCAUUGACAGUAUCGUGCAUCUCACAUAGGUGAAAGUCCCAUGAAGGCCACAUUAAGGAGCCAUCGCGGACUGAUACCCCAGUUCUGAGCAGUGUACGUCAAUUCGAAACUGUCCCGACCACGACUGCUACCACGUCAUGAUAGUUUCGAAGCGCACACAGCUAUUUACAUCGAGGAAACUAAUUUAGGGCAAUCUCAUUCCUUCAUGCCUGUUCCAUUACCUGUGACUUGUUCAAGUCUUUCGGUUAACUGACGAGGAUAUUAGACACUACUGGGCGACAAAGCCUCUGCCUUUCGCGUGCCACGCGCACACGCACGUAUGCUGGUAAACUUCAUUGCAGGAUUAAUACGUGAGUGGUGAGUGACUUUAAUAUAUGCGCAUCUGGCUGUUAGGAUCCAUGCGGCGACCGAAUACAUGACAACAGAGUGAGAAUGCUGGGUCAGGUCUUACUAGUUGUUGUCACGUUAUGUGCUUAUAACGGGAUAGGCCCCUGCAGUGCCUAAAUGUGUGUGUGCAGUGAGAGCGCGCAUAAUGAAGAAGACGAGUUUCAGAAGGCGGUCGAGGCAGGAGGUCCGACCGUCGUAGUAGGAACUUUAUUUGCCUGACGUUUUGAAUCCAUAUAAUGGCUGUUGGUCGUGACCUCAAGCACAGGUUCGCAGGUGUCCGAACCGGACAAUGCAUGAUUGGGUUCCGUGGUCAUAAUUUGAUUCAGUUGUAAUCGCCUUACAAUUUCCCAGUUUUGGUAGCUAGGGUGUCUGACCAAGGCAAACGUAGACGAAAGAUCAUAUUACAGUAGAGAAGGUGGAAGAGGAUUUCCUUUGCGUUUUUUUGCUAUCCAGAGGGUGGGCUGAUCGUGUUGACAUUAUAGGGAAUCCUCAGAUGUCGAGCAAGGUCAUGUCGAGACUUCCACGAACGUUGGGGUUGUUUCGCUGCACUUUAUUCUUGCAUGCCUGCCCUUUCCUACCGACUCUCUCCAUUCGUUUGACCCCGAAAAUAAGUACUCAAACUUUUUCGGUUAUUCGCCAUGCAUAACAGUUCUUCCAAAUUGUUACCCAGGCAUCGGGUUUUGUAUAGACGCACCCAAGGGAGGUCUUUAAUGUGUCCACGUGGCGUUAUUUUUGUCCACAUUGUCUGCGAGUCCCUUUCACAAAGUCACGUUGUGCAUGGAUGCUGCUUGCUGUCGAGUGUCAGUGCCGCACUAGGUCAGAUUUAUGUUCCCAAACUACUACAAACUGCAACUGAUGUCCUAUCAGCUAGGUUAUAGGACAAUUAGGACAACUUGCCCCAUUACCCGUUUAUAGUUUCGGCUGUCUUAUCUGAUUAAUUCGAUCGACUCUCACCACACCGUUAGGGAAACUUCGCCACAGAUGGAGUUUGUGGUGUUUAUUCAGUUCUGUCUCUACUAUCUAUAAUUAAGUCUUGACCACUGACUCUGUACUUCUUUUGCCGUUGUGACAGAUUUCCCCGUAGUUCAACUGUUUUGCUUCUCCAGACGAUUAGGCGUGAUAUUCACGGGAUCGAAAGUGCAGCUCGUCUGGUGACCGGCAAUGGACACGGUAAAACUUGCGAAUACGUUUUUUUGAAAUAAGCCGAGAAGAUGCGUGAGGGGACCUCGCUCAGGUCGUAUUGUUAGAAAUCCUCUCACACAGACCAGUUCUAUAUGUAUCUCACAUGUGCAGAUUGUCAGCAACAUGCGAGUUCCUGUGUGCUCGAGAGAAAAGCACUCACGGUCGUGGUACAACCUUCUGUCAAUAACCACACCGCGAUCUGUCUAAGAUUAGAUAGAGACAAGCUCCUGCCAAAAAUUCACGUGGUCUCGCAAUCUGGGUCUGAACUUUCAGAGACAGUUUUAGAAAAUCUGGCACAAGGCGGAUGGCUGUUGGGGUUUCAUCUGCGAUUCAACUGGAAUUCGGAACAAAAAUGCCAAUCGCUCCACCAUUUAUUGGACCAGGUCUGGGUCAAAUGUUCGGCAACCCCCCGCAAGUGCCUUCGUAUCAGUCGUUCCGAAUUAUGACACCCACCAAAGAGCCGUCACCGUAUUCUCACUAUUUUCUGCUUCAUUUCCUUUCAGUAAAAUUAACGUAGGUGCAAUUUUCGGCUAUGUUAUCAUAGGUCACUCGAAAUGCUCAAGUCACUCACACACACCGAGUUGUCACCCCUGUAGCGUGAUGACACAUCUUCCUAGCUAGUUUUUCUCUUUUUUACUCUGUCAUCUGUUCACCGCUACUUCGUUUUCAAGUUUUUGGUGAUAAGACGCACCCUACUGACUUUUCUUUAAGUUUUUACAUGCUGUCUCGAGUGAGGUUUUUUCUCCCCUUCUUGGGUAGGCCAUUUUUUCUCGUGCACAACUACGAAUAGCAAGGACCAAAACCGAACUAAUGCUCAGCUCAAGAGCGCAGUGGCCAAAGACGACCAGAUAGGUAAACUUCAGAGCCCUUUCGACCUUAGUUGUCUUUUAAGCGGCGGAACGAUGCAGUUCGCAUUCUGUUGUAACAGCAGCCAAUAUAUGCACCUCAGAGGGACUCUUUUUCGAGAAAAUAUUGGAUAUUUUGAUAGACAAAUUAAUUUCGAAGUUCGCCUCAUAUGGUAACCGAUUGCUUUGUUAGACUUUCCUCCAAAAUUAAUAAUGAUUUAUCCAUGGAAUUCUGUAUAACUCGCCGAAAUUCUGGCAAAGUCCAAAGGUAAGUAAGCAAACAUACAUGAACCUUGUCUCGAACGGAUAGCACUCAAACAUCUAACCCGGUGACAUGCCAAUUGAUCAAGUUUGCUGGGUUUUUUCUCCACUGUUUUACUUUCCCUUCUUAAACUUUGCUUCGAUUCUGUAGGAGGCCGUGCAGAAUUUCAUAAAUGAUGACAGUGACAUUGACGAACCGCACCCUGUGCAGCCUGCAGUACCGAUUGGCAUGCAGUCUGGCAGCAAUUCAAUUCCACAGACAGAACCCGGUCCACCUGCUCCUCCUCUUCCGCCUAAAAGCAGCUCCGCAAAAAUAGCAACCCUUUCCACAAUUUCUCAGCAAAAGUAUGUGCGCAUUUUAACAAAGCACUCUACAGCAGUUCAUUAAUUUGGUUUUCAUCGUUGCUACGCCCUUUUGAAUGUUGUUUUUUGUCUGAAUCCCACGUUACCCGCAAUUUGUGUGGCCACAGCAACCAACUCUUUAGAUACAUCGCCAACCGGGAUUGACCAUGUUUCCUGCAGCGCUUUUGGUAUUGCUGCCGCCCUCGUUAUCUCCUUUAAGGUUGUUUCUUAUGUCCAUCCGUAGUCCGCAGACCGAAAUUUGAUAUUAAUAUGUGGGCGGAAGUCCGUCAGCCAUAUCGGAAUAACCGCGUAUGAUUCAUAAACUACCCACAGCUAGUCAGUAGUAUAUACAUAAGUUGCGUGAUGUACCAUACUUGACAGUAUAGGUACUAGCUUAAAACUGGAGUAUCCACCAGAAUGCCCACUGGGAACGCUGGGCGACCCACUGACGAGCCCAACCUCUCCCAGAUGUGUCAUGCAGCGGCAGAAUUUUUGCAAAACACGCGUCUGAGCUUUUAGCUACUACCUGUACUGUCAAGUAUGGUAUAUAUCGCAACCUAUGUAAAUGCUUAAUUCCGUUGGUUUAGUCAGUCAUCUCGCCGUUCCUUUCAGAGACGUCGGAUUAAGCGUUGACGUAGGGAACAGAGCGAGUGUGUCCAUUCCAGGAACAUCGGCUUCCGGGAAGUAAGUAAAAUUCGGAUUUUCUAAGCAUCAGGUAUCUACAUUUGUUUUGCUGAGGACUCCGCAUUGUUAGGGUAGAUACCUAAGCCAACGAACGCUUCCCCAUACCGGAAUCCUAUGCCAGUGGUUCAGCUUUCUAUUCGUUCGCGCCUCUGCUCCACGGCUGCUCAGCGCACUCGACCCUGCGUACGUUGUCGCUCGAACCAUGAUGUUGUGCUCCAACAUACUUAAUAAUGUCGCGAGAGGUUUCCCUACAGACAGGCCCUCAUCAUUCGUCCCUAGCGAAACAUAGGGCUGCAAAGUUUAUUUAAGGGCCCCUCGGUGGCUCCGAAUCAUUGAGCUAUCGUCGUACUUUAUGGCUUUGGAUCCAACUUGAACGCAUGCGCUUGGGCGUAGAAGGAAUCGUAAACCAGUCAAGGCUUUUUCAGAUGAGACCUCAGAUCGCCAUAUUGGGCUGUUCAGCGCCUCUCCAGUAGCUUGGACAUGUACGGACUGAUCAUUUCGAGGUAAUCUCGUGACUCUUGAUCGCUCUCUGAUCUAUCGUGUCACUAACCUACUAGUAAUUAACAAGGCCGAGGGUUAUUCCGACAUGACGACUGGUGUCCGCUAUCAAAUAUGUUAACUGUUCCAACUAUUUCAGCUCCUGAACCACAUCCCCUGACGUGCCUGUCACUUAUCUUCUUUCUCAUCCUAUCCUAAUAGCCCACACAGCCCAAAUUCGGAGGACGAUAAUCAGGCCUUCUACGUUGGAGGCGCUGAGACCGGUGGCGGAGGUCAACAGGUGCUUGGUCCUCCGCGUCCCAAGAAAGGUCCAAGCGGAUCCGCGGGUCCUCGUGUGCGAAACCCAGAGGAUUUUGUGCGUGACGUAUUUCAACAGGCUCGCGAGGGUGGUGCCGAGACCCUGAGCAGCGCCCGCGUCUCCGAUCUGGAGUCUAAUCGACAUCCAGCUUUCACAGGAGCCGGUUACAGGUGAACGUUUGCCCUUUACACUUUUUUGGACAUCGCGACUUUCGACUCUAUUUGCACUCAGGACAAACGUCAAACACACCAUCCUCCUCAGUCCUUUCCGUUUCCUACAGUCACCACGUCAUCGACCAAAGGUAGCACUGUCGUUCUAGGGUAUUCGCUUUUAAUAUACUUUCCCCUCUCAUAAAAAAAUUCCCUCAUAAGAAAGUGUGCGACUAGUACGAAUGGUAAGGCGGGCCACUGUACUUCCUGGCCAGUCUCACGACGGAUUAUAAUAAUUACUAUUGUAAGGGACAUUAGUUGAAGCCUUGUCCUUCCGGAAUGAUUGUCGGGUGACAACCUGCACUACUCACUCGGGUAAGGAUCGGAUGAAGGCCCCCAAGCAUCUGUGGCAUACAAAGGAUACCUACUACACUUAUUUGAGUGGGUUUUAGUCCGACACGAUUAUUUUGGUUUGGUGUUUCAUCGUAAAAGUUUGGAUCAUCUGUUGUAAACGAUCUAGUGCAUUAUUUACAAUGACCUUAGCUCAGAAAGUCGGGAAGCGAUCGCCGUAGACAUUUAAUGUUUAUUUUUUUAUUGUCCUGCUUAAUUUCAGUUGCUUUUUGUCAAUGCCUUAGGGCUUUUCCGCCCGAAAAACAAAUUUAUCAAUUAUUCAUACUUAUUUUGCCAUUCCGCUAUGCAUACAUAGCCCCGCCCGUAAAACCCCUAUUACCAUCUUUCCCGUAAGACAGGCACCUUUGGCUAGUCGUGUGUGUUUGGGGUCCCUCACCCGAUCGUUGCCACUCGGGUAACGAGUCGUGUCCACAAACUCGAGCGUCAAUCCGAUUCCUCGAGGGGUGUACCAUUCAUCCUUGGUCCUUUACCGUUCUUGGAGGCUUUUGAUUCCGGUAACACUGUGUCAAUACCGGUGGGAACCUUAGUGACCACUCAAGAGAGAUUUACUGACACGCAGGCACAGCAAUGUCUAUUUUGGACUUGCGUGACAUCAACCAGCCACACUCCAACCUCAGGCCUCCAAGUUGUGAGACUUGACCUUGAGCCAGUCGCACUAUAUGCUGCAUGAUUUGCCGUUCGGGUCUGACUGGCUGUCAACGACGGAAAUUAAAACAGCGAUGCCCAUUCCAAUCUUGCCGUUGCAUGUCACUCAAAUACUGCCUACUUGUCACUACUCUGCCGUGGUUAGAUGGUAAGGGGGUAAGACGAACCAGUCUGGCUCUCCGUUCGUUGAGCGUCCCCUCCAUGUGAUCGCCAUUGUUAGACGCUUACUAGCAUGGCUCAACGGAUGACGGCUCUUACUACGGCGUCGUUUCACACAGUUCGGUGAAGUUUCAUGCUUGUGUGUUGAGGCUAAUGUUGUGUAGUCGCAGAUAGGAGGGCAACAGACAUUGACAGUCGUACGAUUGAUGCAGCAAUAUCAUAGGUCAUCGUUGGAUGCCAUGAACAGCAGUCAGUUUGCAGAAGUCUUCCUAUUUUUAGACCCGAGGGGAAGCGGCCACCUAAAUACGCCCACCGAUUGAGGUGAUAGCAGAUCGACACUCGGGCACAUUGCCAUAGCUCUCAGGUCUUGCUUCUCUGUUGUUUCCCUUUGACAGUCACUGCUCCGGUUUCCACGCUAAUUCGCUGUGUCUACCGGUCCCCUAUGAUGGUUUCGCAGGACUCUUGAUUGAACCCCAGAAACCUGAGUGAGGUCUCCGCGGUGUCCUUUUCAGCAAGCUCUUAUAGCAAUGUCGUCUUAGAAGAGUUGUCAUCUCAGGCGCCCAUCAGUGGCCUCUCCAUCAUCGAAGUUGAAUCUGCGUCGGCAUUGCACCAUUCGUGACAGUCAACCUAUCAAAGCUACUACUGUCCCCUGACCUCCCAUACAAUUCUCACUCUCUCACCAUGGUGCAGUUCACCUGUACGUCACCGUUGCUGGCACGGAAGCUGCGAUGAUUCUCGUUGGUAGCAACGGCCAACUUAGCAUAGUCCGUUAUUUUGACAAUUAGAGCAUUUCUAGUGGCAAAAACGGAGAACUCCCACAGCCAUAAGGCUUGCCGAAAAUGAGGAAAUAUUGAAUAUGCGCCCAGCUGAGAAGCGCUUCUUCCAUUCUUUCAAAGAUGAAUAACUCGGCGCAGGCUCCUUAGCUCGACAGUUUCGUAGUUUUUCAUCGGAAAUGUUCUAAUUUAGAAGCUUGACAUUUAGUACACCAAAUCUGGAUACCUACGUCAGCCUUUCAACCGGACUUUGGAGGUUUCUUAGCUUCGAUCUCUGCGAAAAGUCAUUCCCAUUUUCUUCUCGGCACUUACCCGGUAACAUGUUUUUUUUUAUUAGUGGGAGUCUUUGUUAGUGCCUCGGCUGUCUGUUGUCCUCCUUACAGGAGAAAGUUUUUCAACCAAAAGUUUACAAGGCUCCAUAAACAAUCACCUGUUUACCCAGCUGGUUGUUUCAAUUCGGAACCUCUUAUAAACUGCGUACCACCUGGUGUGCCUGGUAUAUAGUUUGGAAAAUCAAUCAUGAUAAUCUUCGACAUGUUAAGGUAGUCUGUCAUCAGAAAUUUAUUUUUUCGCGAAUUUUUUAAAUUUUGACACGAGUCGACCAGUAAAACCAGAUCCCGUAAAGGAGAAAAAUUAUUUUCAGGAAACAUGUAUUGAGGCGUCCAGCGAAUGCCUUUGCCGGUUUUCAAAGGCGUCGUGAUAACUGAAGAAGUGGGCAUGUUUUGAACGAUUCCACCUUCCUGAUCCUCAUCGCAGAAGCGCUCACCUUCGUUCUGAAACCUUUAUCCUUCUAUAACUUCUCGACCCACGACGUCUUGUUGCCUCCAGAGCUAACUGGCUUCUGUCACGGCGUUUAUUUUUCUCUGUUCUUCGAUCGUUUGACUCCCCCCUUCUCCUCUUCCUCGUCCCCCAGGUUAAUUCUAUUUCUAUCAUGUGUCACACAUUUUGUGACCAAGGCUACUUAGUGACCGCGUUUCCCGUCUCUUUUUUCCCUACCGUAGGCUUGGCGAGACUCUAAAUGAGCCCGCUGUCGUGAUUCAAGGCGAGCAGACAAAGCCUGAGAGUGAGCAGGAGCGGACAGUGAUUGUGAAAAUGUGGCAGGACGGGUUCAGUCUCGAUGACGGCCCUCUUCGUCCCUACACCGACCCCGAAUCUCAGGAGUUUAUGGAGUGCAUCAAGCGGGGUCAAAUCCCUAGGGUAAACCUCGCCUACUCACAGUUUUUUUUAGAUCUGAAAUUUGUUACAUGCUCCCCUCCCCCCCCCCCCAUUUUGUUCCCACUCUGCGGGCUAUUUCCCCCAGCCUUCACCCUCCGCCAAGCGGAGAUAGGGUUUUUAAGUGCUUCUCCAAAUUUGUACUCUGACCGCUCCUUUUUGCUAUAUUCCGGGACUUGAACGUUCCUUGUCUUCACGAGUUGUGUCUCGUCUUUUAAGACUGCGAAAGUGUUGCCAAGUAUCCCGCUUGUAAAGUGAUUUUUGCCAUCUAUUUUAGCCGAUUUCGAAAGUGCGACCAUUUUAACAUAUUUCAAAUGCGGUGAAACCGCACGAACUUCGAUUCUGAAUGCGGUGUUAGUAGUAGUAACAGUAGUAGUAGUGGUGGUGGUGGUAGUAGUAGUAGUAGUAGUAGUAGCAGUAGCAGUAGUAGUAGUAGUGCUAGUAGUAGUAGUGCUAGUAGUAGUAGUAGUAGUAGUAGUAGUAGUAGUAGUAGUAGCAGUAGCAGUAGUAGUAGCAGCAGUAGUAGUAGUGGUGAUGCCGUGUGUGGCACGCGCAGAGGGGCUGCUUAGCUUUGUCAGCCGCUGCGCCUGAUCUCACCUCCGGCCGUCUUACUCCGUCUUGCCACCAGACACAGGUGAUUGACGGAGGAUAGUGUGCGGCAGAUGCUGCUCAGACCUACUUCAAGAUAAGCUGGUUCACGCGCAAGUCACCGUCCCUUUGUGGAAUACAUGCUACUGCCAUGUCCGACUAGAGCUAACCCUCCAUCCCUCAUUCUCAUUUCCGCCAGCGACUUAUGCACGAGUAAAGAGCUGCCAAAGUUACCAUGUUCUCAGGGAAAUCUCGUUUGUACACUUGGUGCAUAAAACGUGGGAGCAUAAUAAAUAGUGGUCAGCGUAGAAGCCGCGAAUCCCAGGCUGCUUCCAACUACCUCAUACCUUGUUUCUCCGUCCACGAAAAUUCCUCUGCCGGACCCGCCCCACCAAAAUUUCGAAAACCUCUCCACACACUGGCCGUCCGAGCCGACCGCGCACAUCUCUACAGAGCGCAAACCUGCUACAGAGCGAACUGUUAUCAACACACGUGUUUAUCGAAUAAUUGUUAUAUGUCAGAUUUUGCAUGUUUCUGUUGGACUCUUCGCCUAGGUUACACUUUUUUGCCCCAUGCGAAACUCUUUUUGGAAAACAGGCAUUCGAAUUUGCGCGUACAGAACUUACAAUGUGAUUCUGAAGCUAUCCGAAUCGGCCCUAGUGCUAGCUGAGACAUCAAUAGUGCUUCGCUUGUUAUCUCGUAGCCUGGCUGCCCCUGAGCGGGGUUAGGUUUUAACUUUGGCAAAUAUUAGUCAUUAGCAGCUCUUGUCAUGAUGGUUUUUUUAUUUACGUGUAAGUUUUGCCCUUUUUACAGACUCAUUUUACUUUGUUUUCCUACAACUCUCACGUCCAUUGGUUAUUCCUCGACAUUCACUUCUGGGAACUCCUAUCUCUGAUAGAAUUACCCGUCCGGCAGUUUAUAAAUUAUGCCAUGUUCAUUCCUCAUAUCCUAUUCUGACUAAAUAUCAUAAGGAAGCAGACAUGUUUGUUCAAUAGCUGAUUGCUUUUGGUAAAUAAAGCGUCUCCGGAGGAUAUUGAUGUUUCUCACGUUCUACUCUACCACCUCAGAGCAAACAUCUUCAACUAAGCGGUGGUUGCCAAGUCGAAAGAACGGAAGUAGUUAGUGGUCUGGGACCAAAUGUGGAGUCCUGAAAAAAGCACACCACUUCUUCAAAAAAUUUUCGAAAAUUAUUCCCUUUUUGAGAGAAUUAGUUUAAGGUUUCCCACCGUGCAUAUUUUUCCUAUAACCAAUCCACAAACUUGCUCCAUAUUUUAUGCCAAACUUUGAUUCCCGAGCAUUCAGCCUUAGCCGCGCCACACCCUGCCCUUUUUUAGGAGCUGAUAUCCACUUCAAAUAUGGAAGUUCAUGUGCUCCUCGAAGACCACCACACUGAAUCAUGGACGCCGCCUCCAGCCCCAAAAGUCAAGGCUUUCUCAGGUACCGGCCACAUGCUAGGCAAUCCUACCCCUCGUGUCGUUUUCAACAAACCGGCACCUACUAAUGCGCCUCGUCCUCUUGUUCCCCAUGUGGACGAGGCCCUUCCCUCAACACAAAUCCAAGUUAGGCUCCCAGACGGCUCCAGGUGAACACACUUUCCUCUUUUAUAUCAGUACCACAGUGUCCUAUUGGGAAAUCUAUAUACUCGAGUUCAGCAUCUGAAGAAAUCUCAUUACCUUUUACUCAAACAAGCGCGGCUCUAAAGCAUCUUAUGCUGACAUCUAAACCCAUUGAAAUUGUAGACCUUUGUUAGUGGCUCCUCCAAGGCUGGCUGACGGUGUUGGAAGUAGUAACCGAUACAUUAAUGACAAAAACGGGAGAUGGGUGUUCCGGGAUUAUCUUUCAUCAGCUGUUUGUCAUAUCUCCCAGGUCAAGAAGACCUGAGGUUGGGACCCCAAUUCAGUUGGUCAGCAAGCUUACUGCUCUAUCAGUUGAAUCACGUGUUUAAGCCCUGUCGGCAGUGGCCGGGAGUAGUCGAAGUCACUUAGAAGUUGCAUUGUCUCGGCAACACUGGCCUGCUCGAUAAGACUGUCAAGACCGUCAGGGGAGACCCCUUUGUGCCGACCUGGUGUUGCAUGACAGGGCGAUCUAUUACGAUAGUCUGGCUCCUUACAGACCAUGGUAGUAAUUAUUAGUGAACCCUUUUUCACUUCAUUGGCCAAUUUUACUUGUCCCACAUGCGCGACUCGUAAGGGAAACACGGAAUCAGUUUGCAGGGCUGAGCGGCACCUCUUAACUGCUAACCGUCCAUUUCAAUACUUGUCCACAAGCAGUUGGGCAUCCGUAAAUGGCCGUACCAAUCCUGAUUUUUGGCUCCUAGAACCCCUAAGGCCCGCAACGAGUGCAGUCUGACACCUGUUGGCAAGUGAACUCGGUUAUAUGAGGGUGAUUGGUGCGUUUCAGUCAUCGCGGGGGUUGCGGUCUCUAAAUCAUUCUGUUAUGCUUUUUCUACUUUAUCACAACCUAUCAAUCUUCCUUUACAGGUUGUUAGUGAAACUCAACAACGACCAUAGAGUGAGUGAUCUGCGUUCUGCCAUCCUGGGGUAGGUUCUAAUGUUUACCCCCUUUACUUUUUUAACAAUAAGAUUUUACAUUAUACAUUAGCUAGUUUUCGCAAUCUAGGGCUUUUUUUCUUCCGAAAAGUACACCUCUGUUUCCUGAAUGUCGACACACCGUUAGAACGUGGUAUUUUUGCACACAGCAAACGGCAACACCUCUUGCAGUAUGCAAGUUUUUAGCCUUUAUCUUCAUUUCCUCGAAAACCGGCGUCUUCGGGCGGUUAGACAACCUGUUUGAAGGAAGGGAAGGUCCGUAUUGUUUUCUGUGAUACGAAGACUCACUUUCCGAAUUUGCGAAUUUGGGUUGAGCUGUCCAGAUCUGCUGCCGCGGAUCGUCACGCGUGGAGAGGUACGGCUAGGUCAGGCAUGAUCACAGCCGUAUCAAGUACAGUACAGGUACAUACGAGGCAUGCUUGUCUCGUUGCAUCUUGGAGCUCAAUCUACUUAACACUCAAGGACCAAAGAGUCCGGAUGCCACCCUGUGUCAUCCAGACCCGGAUUUCGGUAUUACUGCCUGAUGACGGUCAGUAAGGCAGAGAUAGCAGUCUAGGUUUCCCUCGUCUUUUUCGGCAUUCUGGAAUGAUUAUAUUGUAUAUUCACUAUAUACUUUCAGUGGUAGAAUGGACUCUCACUGAUCGCGUUACGGAAGAUGCUCAUCCCCCUGUGUCUUGAGGCUCAACCUCGAGCCCCGCGGGCACCGGCACGACGAUUAGAAAUGUAGACAGAAUAAAGUCACUGAAUAAAACAAGGGUUGAUGGAAUUGUCAUUUCUGGCGUGUUAACCGUCACCAGUUAGCCAAACUCCACCCCAGACUUUGUAGGCCCUGGGACUGGAUCUUGCGACCUGUUAGUUAGACACCCAACGCCCAUAUCUUGGUCAACAAUGUUAUUCCGCCCAUAUGUCUAGCCAUUAUGCUGCUGGUGGCGGGGCUGGAGAUUGAGCCCCAAGGCGCAACGGAACUUGUGUGUCCCAUAACGCGAUCCGUGAGAGCCUCCCUCUACCACUGUCAAUAUGCCCGACGGCAACUUAUGGGACAACGAGCCCGUGGCUCAGUGGUUCGAGCGUUUGACAUCUACCCAACGUGCCACGGGAUCGAGCCUUAGGAGUGGCAAAACUGGGGUUGAGUACGCCUGGUUGGUGACGGCCAAUAAGCCAGAAAUGGUCACCCCAGUCCCCCUUGUCCUGUUCCGUAAUGUUAUUAUGACUCUGUAUUAUAAAUUUACCAGUUAUGCAAAAGUAAAUUCUUAGAUAUUCAACAGUUAUAUAGUUUCAAGUGAUCUUUUACCCACGGACACAUCUUUUAAUCUGUCCUUCUUCGACUGCGAAUACAGUGAACGGCCGGAAUUCCAAAGUCAACAUUUCGGCCUCAUCACGGCCUUUCCACGGAAGGAGUUGAACAACGAGGACGAGACUCUUGCCGACGCAAAGUUGCUUAAUUCUUCUGUCAUUCUGACCCUCAAGUGA